AUCUGUUGUAACCUAACGGCGGGAGACAGUUCUGACCCAAAAGGUUUGCCAGCAGUCAUUUGAUUUCUCACAGCAGGGUGUGUACCACUCCUAAUUCAACUGAUUGUACCACUCUUCAACCUGCUGCAAGCAUGCAUUUUAUUAUGUAUAAGCUCUGGUGUUUAUGCUGUGUCAUUCUACUCAAUGACGUCACAUACGGAUUCAUCUUUGGUGAUCAACAUAGCGCCUCAGGACCACGUGAUGCCUUGGCCCAAACCUCUUGCGGCCCAGUCAGAGGUAAGUUCGAUGGUAACGCCUAUGCUUACCGAGGAAUACCGUACGCCGUGCCUCCUGUACGGACCAAACGCUGGCAGCCGCCGGAGCCACUAAGUCACGAGGACGGUACCUGCUGGCCAGGUACGUUCGAUGCUUCCGUGUUGAAAUCGCAGUGUGUACAGCGCCAGGAGGACGACCUGACUCAGGUAGUUGGUACGGAGGAUUGUCUACAUCUCAACGUCUGGACCCCGACGAACAUGAUGUCGGCUAACCUUUCCGUCAUGGUUUUUAUCCACGGUGGAUCGCUACAGAUUGGAAACGGUGACAUGCCAGGAUAUGCCCCAACCGAGCAGCUGGCACGUGACACCAACACCGUCUACGUCAGCAUGAACUACCGUCUGCAGGCGUUCGGCUUCAUGUCCUUGGAUAUACUGUCACGGAACUCCAAAACCAACACUUCCGGUAACUAUGGACACAUGGACCAGAUACUAGCGCUGAAAUGGGUACAAGAAAAUAUCCGGAAUUUUGGUGGAGAUCCAAACAAGGUUACCCUGUUUGGUCAGAGUUCAGGUGCUACCAGUGUGAUGGUCCUACUUACCUCUCCACUGGCGCAAGGGUUGUUCCACAGGGCUUGGCUGCUUAGUGCGUCACCUCUACUGACCAAAACCAAAGUUGGAGCUGCCAUAGACAAUAUGGUUUUCCUUAAAAAAACCAACUGUGACAACAUCACGUGCCUAUUACAGAUGUCUGCCAAUGACGUCACACAAGCGGUGCCCUGGAACGAGUACCCAUUCUGGGCCAUGAUGGAUCAAAUAGACCUGCCAGUUAGGGGACAGCUUGACGGAGGACUGUCUAUAAUAGACGGUUACGUCCUCAAGGAGGCUCCGUUUGACGCCUGGGUUAAAGGGCACGGUAAUGACGUACCAGUAAUAGUAGGGACUACAGCACAGGAGAAUGACUUUGAAGGGAUUCCCGAUGAAAUCGUGAAUAAAUCUACAUAUGAGACAUACGUAAUGCGUAAAAUUGGCUCAUUUGGAAGCGACAUUGCAAAGAUGGCGUUGAGACUGUAUCCGGUGGGUAAGGAGACAGUCAGACAUCAGUUCACGUCCAUGGUGUCUGACGUCCGUGUAGGCUGUGGAAACGACCUUCUGGCACUGUAUGCUGCCGUCAACACCAAUUCCCCUGUGUACCGCUACGUCGUGACUUCCGUACCUUCUGCGCCAGUCAGUCCGUUCGGAAUCGCCUUGGACACGCUCCUAUCAUUUCAUGGAUGGGACGGGUACGCAUUUUUCGGAACAAUGCAAGAAAUAAUGUCCCAUCCUUCUGGCAACGAUAUAAUGUUUGAGGCAAAUCUUCGCAGAGAAAUUAUGUCUUUUGUUGAAAGCGGAAGUCCGUAUUCAAAGGACUGGCAUCCUUUUCCUGAAAGUGUGGUACUUCUGUCAGACGACACUAAAGUCACUUCCGGUUACCACACCUAUCAUUGCAAUUUUUGGAUGGAAAAUGGUUUCUUUGAUUAUUCAUGGGUAAACUAAAAGAUAGAACAAUAAAUUAAACAUCC